AUACUCUGGCUACGGGAAAGAUAUCAAAGGAAAUGGCUGUUUUCCUUGACGUCGCCUUCUGGGGCUAUUUCUCUGCUGAAGAAGUUAAGCGGCAACAGGUUCAAUAUUAAAGCGGACAAGGUCGCGUUUGUCGACUUUUUCCAUGUUUAUCUUGCGCCCGGGAAAAGUCUGAAAGGGGAGGAAGCAUGGUCAAACCUGGGAAUGCGACUGAUGGGUUGGUACGAUUGAGUCUGGAUGGAGGCCACGAUGUUACGUGGAGUGAAGAUGGGAAAAAGAUCUUUUGGUUUUUGGGUCCGUAUUUACACUUCCUGGAGGUGUCUAAACUGAGCAGGUGCACCUCGACAAUCCGGAAGGAUCAUCUUACUUUCGGCAUUGACUGCGUCAAAAAUCUCUUGGAGUACCAAGAAAUCGUUGUUGAGCACUCGACUGAUAUCUCAUGGUUGAAGAAGGAUGUCGCUAGUACCGCUUCGCAUCCGGAAUCUGAUCUCCUUGUUCUUUAUAACGCUACCCUGCUGACGAUGGAAACGGGGGAGUUUGAGAAGGACUUGGUUCGUGAGGCAUUGUUGGUCAUUCGGGGAGGUGUCAUCACUACUGCUGCGGCAUUGAGCACUGUUGUUAUACCGACAGGAGGCUACUGUUAUCGAUAUGCACGGAGCAACUAUUGUGCCAGGAUUUUUCGAUUACAUGCUCAUUGGGAUGGAUUUGAGAAUCCCAUGCCUGCAAAGUCCUGGGAGAUGGAACUUACUUAGCGUUUGGUGUUACGACAUUGCACAACCCUAGCGCUUCCACUGUGGAUGGAUUCAUUGAAUGAAGCAGAGUUGAACGAGGCCAUUUGUUGGUCCCGGAUAUUCCAAAUUGGCGAUGUCAUAUAUGGCGCGGGGGAUCCUGGGUACCACCGCGGAUAUGGAUGAAGCAUACUCUACUCUUAUCAGGAUCAAGGCUGAAGGUGGACCGAUC